CGUGACGAUGGUGGGAACAGGGUUUGCUAUAGACAGAACCUACUUCAAGGAAAUUGGGGAAUACGACAGCGACAUGCAGAUAUGGGGAGGAGAGAACCUCGAGCUUUCAUGGCGGGUGUGGUUAUGUGGGGGUAGGUUACUGCACGCGCCCUGCUCCCGCAUAGGUCACGUACCCAGAGUGCAACCCUACUCCUUCCCCGGGGGUAGGCCGUCGGUGUUGUUCCACAACUACAAGAGGGCUGCUAGUGUCUGGAUGGGCAACUACACGAGAUUUGUCUACAGCAUCUUCCCGGAGAUGCAGACAUUAGAUGUUGGUGACUUAAGUGAGAGACUGGCCCUGAAAACAAAACUUGGAUGUAAAGAUUUUAGUUGGUAUCUUCAGAACAUUUGGCCAGAGUUGAAUGUCUAUGAUGAGAACGUUAUUGUAUGGGGACAGGUGAAAAAUGUGGCUGAAUCACUUUGUCUGGACAACAAUGGCCAUCUCUUUCAGCAACGUCAAGAUCUCUUCUUGAACCGCUGCAAAGGAUCGAUAAACAUGCAGGGAUUUUCCCUCACCUCUCAUGGACUACUGAGGACUACCCUCCAGUGUGCUGUUGGCCAUGAAUCGAACAUCACGUCAUACGUACAGAUUGAAGACUGCAUCAUUGGGUCACGUGAUAUAUGGUCUUACACUCAGAAUCAACGUCUGGUGCACGUGAGGUCUGGACUGUGCCUGGACAUCGACCAGAGACGUCCAGUCUUACGUGGUUGUCAUAGCAACAUCAACACACAGGAGUGGACAUUUCAGCCUUAUAUCUUCACAUAAUGUCGUCAGUAUAGUAUAUAAACACGUGGACAAUUCAACUUUAUGUGUUGACAUAAUGUCGUCAGUAUAGUAUAUAAACAAGUGGACAAUUCAAUCUUAUGUUUUCACAUAAU